GCAUUGUGAAGCUAUAGUUGAGAGUUAGCAGGCUAACUAAUCGUGAGAGUGGAAGUGGAGCUAACGUUAAAGGAAAAGACAACUGUCAAAAGAGAAACGAGAAUAGGAGUCUCAGAGGACUCAGGAUUCUGUUAGAUGCCUACAUGAACUGAUUCAGAGUUAGCUGAUAACGACUGAGUUUAUCAGAUGCCUGAGGAGCAUUUUGGAUACUACACCGAUUGUCCCGUUUCCAAACGGAAACCGUUUCUGGACACAGACAGUAGUGCUAGGUAGCCUAGCUGAGUGAAUAACCCAGGAGACUCCUUAUUGUCGCCUCAAACUCCAUCCUGAAUGUUUUGUCUGUCAUGAGUCCGGCCGGGUGCUCCCAUGUGAACGGUUAUAAGGUGGACAAUUGGAAACAAAACCUCCGAGUCAUAUACCAAUGCUUUGUUUGGAGUGGUACUGCUGAGACCAGGAGACGCAAGGUGCCUCAGAGUGAUGCAGGAUGGACAGAUCUGGCCAAGUCGUGCAUCUGUCACAUGUGUGGCGCCCACCUGAACCGACUCCACUCUUGUCUCUACUGCGUCUUUUUCGGCUGUUUUACAAAGAAACACAUUCACGAACACGCAAAAAGCAAAAGACACAAUUUAGCAAUAGACUUAUUAUACGGCGGAAUAUACUGUUUUGUGUGUCAAGAUUACAUAUACGACAAAGACAUGGAACAGAUUGCCAAAGAGGAGCAGAGGAAGGCCUGGAAAUUGCAAGGCAUUGGGGAGAAAUACACGACGUGGGAGCCGACUAAGAGAGAGCUAGAGUUAUUACGACACAAUCCAAAGCGAAGGAAAAUCACUACAAACUGUACUAUAGGUUUACGAGGGCUAAUAAACCUGGGCAACACAUGUUUCAUGAACUGUAUCGUCCAGGCCCUAACACACACGCCGCUGCUGCGAGACUUUUUUCUCUCCGACAGACACAAGUGCGAGAUGCAAUCAAACUCCUGUCUGGUGUGUGAGAUGUCGCAGCUUUUUCAGGAGUUUUACUCGGGCCACCGUUCGCCCCACAUUCCCUUUCGGCUGCUGCACCUGGUGUGGACUCACGCACGUCACCUCGCAGGAUAUGAGCAGCAGGACGCCCACGAGUUCCUUAUUGCAGCUUUGGAUGUUCUACAUCGACACUGCAAAGGAGACACGAUAAGAGAUGACAACGGGAAGAAGACCAACAAUCCAAAUCACUGUAACUGCAUCAUUGACCAAAUCUUCACUGGAGGCCUGCAAUCUGAUGUUACCUGUCAGGUUUGCCACGGAGUUUCAACAACAAUAGAUCCAUUUUGGGACAUCAGUCUGGAUUUGCCAGGCUCAUCUACGCCUUUCUGGCCUCUCAGCCCUGGAGGGGACGGCAGCACGGUCAAUGGCGAGAGCCACCUGUCAGGAUCCACCACACUCACAGACUGCCUACGCAGGUUUACGCGGCCUGAGCAUCUUGGAAGCAGUGCCAAAAUCAAGUGCGGCGGUUGCCAUAGUUACCAGGAGUCCACCAAACAGCUGACAAUGAAAAAGCUCCCCAUUGUAGCGUGUUUUCAUCUCAAACGGUUUGAGCACUCUGCUAAGUUGCGGAGGAAGAUUACUACCUAUGUUUCCUUCCCUUUAGAGUUGGACAUGACGCCCUUUAUGGCAUCCAGUAAAGAGAGCAGAAUGAAUGGGCAGUAUCAACAGUCAGUUGACGUAUUAAACAACGACAACAAGUAUUCGUUGUUUGCAGUGGUCAACCACCAAGGCACGUUAGAGAGCGGCCACUACACUAGCUUCAUCCGUCAACACAAAGACCAGUGGUUCAAAUGCGACGAUGCCAUAAUCACCAAGGCCAGCAUUAAGGAUGUACUUGAUAGCGAGGGGUAUCUCUUAUUCUAUCAUAAACAGUUCCUUGAGUAUGAAUAGCUUCUGUGACCACUGAUCAUGAAGAACCACUGCUUCAAAGGGGAGAGAGCGAAGAGACGAGGGGGCGGGGAUGAAACGCAAACACACAAACCUACCUGAAACCUUUUAACUACCAGUCUGCUCCUUCACUAAGAGGGAUUUAAAAAAAAAAAAAAAAAAAAGACAUGUAAAAUCAUGGAAACUGAAAAAAAAAAAAAAAAGCACUGAGCUACUUCUUGGCAUCUACUUGACAAAACUGAAUGAAAAGGAUCGGUGGUGGAAGAGUCGGGCGUCGCCUGUUCUGACGUGGGAAGAGGCCCCCGGAUCCCACGGUCUCUCUGUCCCCCUUUCCCUUCCUGCUGCAGGGAUGGAGUGUGAUGCUGGGCACACCUGGGAUUUUCUUACAGUAUUCUGACCCCCCGCACCCCCUCCAUUUAUCUCCCAUGGUGCUCUCAUUUCAACUGACCAAGCAUUUAACUUGCUCAAAAUGAGGACAGUAUGUUUUCAUAUGCAUAUAGGACUGAAUGCAAAAAAAAGAAAAAGAAAAAAAAAGUUAAAAUAAAAUAAGUCGUAUAUACAAACCAGUGUAUUGCAACCUUUGCAAGGACCCUUUUGAAGGUUUGGUUAUGAUACUUAUCAUUUGUGACUUUAGCUUUGAAAUACUGUAUAAAUUCUAGUAUACAUCUAUUUUUUAAGAGCAGAGAAAACAUGGGAGAGCUUAGAAACGCUGCCUUUGCCAGUUGCUGGAGAAGCGCUGCCAUGGAAACUAAACAGAUCUGGACCUGAGUGUUCUCAUGUUCAUUUAUUUACCGUUUUUUUUUUUUUUUUUCAUUCUAAAGUCUGGUUGAGGGCAGGGAAUAUCUAUUUUUUUAGCAACUUGUUAAAUUUUGAGUUUUUACCUUUUUUUUCUGUGUAUUUUUUUUCUAUUUUUUUUUUUUUUUUCAGUACAGUCACAUGUUUCCUUGCUGUUCUGGUACCUGAAAUGUUUUUUGGACGUAUUAUGCUUUCAUUCUCGUGGAAUUGUGGGUAUAAUGACGGUGUGGAUUUAUCAGCUCACCUUUGUGAUGUUUUAAAUAUGCUAAAAGAGAGCGUUCAUGUGGCAUUCUGCAGAGGACUUUGAUAUGUGAACUUUAAAUCUGAAUCUUCUGUGCAAGAAAAGGAAAAAAAAACAAAAAAACGACAAAAAAACAGAAAUUAACAACACACUGCAUGCAACCAGGCUUUUUGCGAUCAUGUGUGGGGAAAAAAUUGCCGUGGAUUGCGGCUCAAAGCUUGCUCCGGAACGACAAUUCGCAGAGCGAAAAGGUGAAUGUGUAAGAUGUAUAAACACAUUGCACAUAUAUGGGCACUACUUGACCACAGCCUGGCUCUGAAUCCAUCAGUGUUAAACUUCUUCAUUGCAACUGUGGCUGGUGCAGAUCACUGUGGUGUCGUUUCCCUCUGCAGAUCAGUGAAAAAACAAAAAAAGCAAAAUGAUUCAGUCAGAUCUAGAUGAUGCACAUAAUCCAUGUCAGGGUUACUGAAAUUGUUUGUAUAAAAAGUACAGAAUUUUAAAAAUAUUCCCUCAUGUGAGAAAAUACAAAUGAAAAAAUGAGGGCACUUACCUGAGUUGUAAAAAAGAAUAAAGAUUCGUAUUUGUUUUUGCUGCUCUGUAAUCGAAAUCAAACCUGCAUAUCUUUUUUUGGUAAGAGGAAUAUAAUGGUUUUCUGAGAGGUAAAGUUCAACAGUUGAUGUGUAAUGGUCACAUUAUGGUUUUGAUGCAUUUUGGAGCAGUUUCAGGCCAUCCGAAGGCAUUCAGGGAAACCGCUGAAACAAAAGAAGAGGAGAGCUUCAUUGUCUGUUUCAGUGAUUAAACUCAGAACAAAACUGGAA